UAGAUUGAAGAGGGCAAAGGUCACAAGUACAAAAACAUCAAACCUUUCCUAGAUCCUAUGGCUUAUAUAUGGAUGCAUCUGUAAGAAAAGAGAUAAGUUCUCUUUUAGAGGAGCUCACCCAUUCUGGAUCUACUACAUUAGAUCCUAAUCUCAUUAAGAGGCUCAAAUCAAUAUGCAGGUCUUCCGAUAUGUACGUGAGGGCAGUCUAUGAGAUCACAAUGGGCCACUUGUCGAAGGAUCAUGCCGAGGUUCGUCUCUCUUCAUUCCAAGUCAUCAAAGAGCUCUUCUCACGUUCUCACAUAUUUCGAGAACUCGUCAUCUCCGAAUUUCAAAAGUUUUCCGUCCUUGUAGCGGGCACUGAUGCACACUCCCCUCUCCCCCCACCCGAACAGGCAGCUGCCCAGCUGAAAAAGAAGAGCCUGUUGGCUAUUAGGGAAUGGAAUGACAAGUAUGGAACUGGGUACCCGAAACUGAAACUGGGAUACAACUACCUCAAGACCAAUAAAAAGGUAAACUUUGAUGAGCUGGUUGCCCAGACCGAGGUUGCUAGGAGGAGGCAGGAGGAGAGGGCCGGGAGACAGAGAGCUGUGCUCCAGCAGAAGAUACAGGAAGUCAAGCAAGAGAUGAAAGACCUGACGAGAGACAUUGAGGAAUGCAUUACUGAAAUUACUUCUUGCUUCAAUUUACUUAUGCCGAGGUUCGAUUUGCCUGACAUUUACUCUACCCCAAACAUUCCAGAAGGUGGCAGGUACUCAAGUGACGAACCCUCACAAGCUAUGACAGUAAUGAGGGUGCCUCAACUCACCAGUGAGAUCAGCGUUGAGCAGAAGAAGUCAGAAAAAUGUGUCACUAGGAAUCUAAGCUCUUCCUCGUUUUGUUCGCUCAGUGAGCACAGCGACUAUGAGGAGGACACUCUGGAUUCAUUGUUGGAUAUCAAAGGUUUGCCUGAUCAACAGCUGACUGAGGAGUCUAAGGAAAAAAGUGCCUCUUCCGUUGAGAACACUCAGCAUAUAGAUAGUGAGCCCGACGAUAGCGAUAGUGAAUUUAUAAGGAGACACUAUGGGAUAUCAACUGGAGAGACGUCUGGGGGCAUGAAGAAUUGCAAGAGUGGGGGUAAGGGGAAAGCACAACUCGAGACCACCCCAAAUGAGCUGUUUGCUGAAGUGCCAGAUAGUUGCACUAAUGAACAGUUUGAAUCUGGAUCUGGAUCUGAUUCAGACUCAGACUCUGAAUUGGAAUGGGAAGAUGUGGAUCCAGCGUUUGAUUUUGACCUUCAAGCUCAUGGCAUUGCCACAUAUGGAUUUUCUAUUCCGAUACAGCUGGAUGCAAUACCAGUUCUGAGAGAAGAUAAAAACAAUUCCAGCAUACUGACUGCUUUAAGAGAGAGCAGGCAUCUCUUGGCUGACAAAUACCUGCUGACUAUAAACAAAUGGAUGGAGUGGUUGUCAAAAGCAGGUGGUGAGGAUACUUCUCUGAGAGAGGCCAUUGACUUGAAACACAAAGUGCAAGUGACGCUUGACAAGUUUGAGAGGAUUUCAAUCAUCUUUAAAGAGUCGCCUCUCAAGAGGAAGGAAGAAGAGGCUGCUGAUUUGAGAGAUGACGAGGCACAGAUCACCAAUCCUGAGUGGGAAAUACAGCCUCCAUCCAGUAUCUCAACGUUCGAUUUGGAAUUGGACCCAACCACACCUCAGGCUCAAAUUGCUAAACUCAGAACAAAUCUCAGUGCACAGGCCAAAGAUCAGUUGAAUCCAGCCCACACAACUGUGCUAUCGAAUAAGAACAGCAUGCUCUCCAAAGCUCCUGUUGUGCCGUUCGGCAUGGACCUCUACCACUGGGAGACCCCCACCCACCAGCUACAGCCCCUCACAAAGGCACCAUUGGGGUCCCUCCAUCGUUUUUGGGCCCAAGAGAGGGAUGUGGACAUUUCCUCGGAUGAGCAAGCCAGAAUGAGGUGUCGAACCAUCACCUACCCAGGGACCUUCGAGCCAGUUGAGAAAACCUGCCGAGCUCGCCUGUCCAAUGGCAAGCUCUGUUCAAGAAUGGACAGAUUUAAGUGUCCUUUUCAUGGAACUAUCAUCCCUAGAGAUGAGCAAGGGGACCCGGUUUCAAAGUCGCAACGCCAGUCUAUCGUGCCCCUAGAUCCAGAGCUCCAAGAGGCAAUCAGGGACGCUCAAGGAACUGAGUUGCUCCAGGGAAGAAAAGAGAAAAAGAAAGGGGGUAAGCGGAAGGUGAAGAAGCACCCAGGGCUCACAGACCUCAAAGUGCAGAAGGACACUCCACGGACCAGACUAGAGAAGAAGAUACUCAGUAAGAGAGCACUGAAAAGAGUUGCUGAAUCUGUGGACACUGCAAAUGCUAAAAAGUACAAGGACAAGUUUGGAUAUAACUUUAACUAUGCACUUGGCAAGUGACCUUUAACCAAUAAUUAAUUCAAAUCCAUGUUUUAUCUUUUUAUAUAAUUAUACAUAAUAUCGCAUUUUUAUUAUACUAUUAUUAUAGGUGAAUCUUUUUAAUCCUUCUCAUGAUCACAAUGACAUUUUUAAUUCUUUCCAAUG